AUGAACGAGUCUGAUCUUCGAAAACUUUUUUCAGCGUGUGAUGUCAAUAAAUCAGGAAGAAUCGAAUAUGAGGACUUCUCCACCGUUUGCCAAGAGCUCAGUGUUCCCGAGGACCAGAUCAGAACGCUGUUCAGUAAAUGCGAUGUGGAUGCUGACGGAUGUAUCGAUUAUAGCGACUUUUCCUCGAGCUUCGAUGAAGUAUCAGAGGCUCUCAAUUUGUCCUUGCUUGGAGGGGCUUUUCAAAGGCUUAACAGUCCUUGGGACGAAUUUGAGAACUCUAUGGAUGGUGACGUGGGUUUUUAUUUGGGAAGGUUACGGGAUCAGCUGAGCGAUGUGUACCAGCAGAUCCAUUCCUCAGCAGAUACACUGUUACUACAACAAUAUGAAUCUCUUGUCCAGUCUUUUGUAAAUGAGAUCAGGGAGCAAAGAAUGGAGAGUGAGCAACUGGAGACCAGUCUGAGAAGGAUUGAAGAGGUGACCACCAGUCAACUCACUGAACUGGAGGAAGAUUUACAACAGCAGCUUGCUAGUGCAGAGAUUAAAAUCAAAGAGGAGGAGCAAAAGAAAAUGGAAGGAACCAUUGCUGUGCUUCAGAGGAAGCAUGAAGAUGAGGUGUCGGAUUUGCAGGCAGCUGUGGAGAGACUUACAAAGAGUCAAGACGACUUGGAACUGAACAAUGCCAGAGAAGACAUCAACAAAUUGCACAAACAAAUACGAGAAGUGACUCAGGAGAAUGAACAGCUGAGAACUUCUCUUUUGAAAGCCCAGACAAACAUCUCUGUGCUUCAGGUAGAGCUGGACAAGCUAAAGAACGCAUAUGCAGACCAGAAACUUCAACAUGAGAGGGAGAACAAUGAUCUCAAAAGGAUGGUGAUUGAAUAUCAAUCGUAUGCUAGUCAAAUUGAAAUUCUUCAGGAAAUGAACAAAAAGUUGUAUGACAGCAAUGACGGAUUGCGCUCUGCCUUAGUGAAGGAUAAGGCCUCCAAUAGGAAAAGACUCUCUCCCAGAAAUGAAAUUUCCAACAAGAAAAUGACACCUCUUCGACAGAGCAGUUUUGCCAGUGAAGAGGAUGUUGUGGCUGUUCACUCCCCCAGAGAGAAGUACUCUCACGUGGCCAGCUGGGCUAAUAAGUAUCUGGAUAGUGGAGUGGUUACAUCUAUGGAUACAGAGGAAAAUUCAGGCAGUGACUAUGACAGUGAGGACAGCGGAGAAUCCAUGGAAACUGUGCAUUACAGUUACUCCUAUGCACCGUCAGAGGUGGAGAUGUCAGACCAGAAGUCUGAGGCUGCAGUCUCCGUGGCUCCUAGCGGAGUGAGUUCUAUCGCCUCUUCCCUGCGAAGACGUCUAUCAGCCUUUCCCAUCAAGCAAACUGAGGUAGAUGUGAUUGAUUCUGAUGGGUCACUGCCGAUGUACCGUCUGGUGCUGGCUGGAGAUGCUGGUUCUGGAAAGUCCAGUUUCUUAUUGCGUCUGAGUCUCAAUGAGUUUAGAGGAGAUAUUCAGACCACUCUUGGAGUUGAUUUUCAAGUGAAAAGAAUGCUUGUAGAUGGAGAAAAGACAAAUCUCCAAAUUUGGGACACAGCUGGACAGGAAAGGUUCCGAAGCAUUGCUAAGUCAUACUUCCGUAAGGCCCAUGGAGUGCUCCUACUGUAUGAUGUCACCUCUCAGAGCAGUUUCCUGAAUGUCAGGGAGUGGAUGGAUCAGAUUCGGGAGUCUACAGAUGACAGUAUUCCGAUGUGCUUGGUAGGAAACAAAGUGGACCUACGGGCUGAACGACCAGUGGACACCUGUGUAAGCUCUGCCCAUGGGGAGAAGUUGGCAAUGGCUUACAAUGCCCUGUUCUGUGAGACUAGUGCUAAAGAGGGAACCAAUGUAGUGGAGGCUGUCCUACAUUUGGCAAGAGAGGUUAAGAAACACGCCAAAACGAGACGGCAGUCGGAUUCACGGGUUAAGCUGAGUUUGAACAAUAGGAAGAAGGCAUUCACUAAUUGUUGUGGAAUGUAA